GUCAGCUGUAAACUGAGAAGUAACAGAGCGUCAAUUAUCAAUGGAACACCGCAGUCGUUUUCAUUUUGUUCUCGCUCUAAUAGGAACGAUCGCAGUCACGUCAACACCUAUAAGCAAUUUUGGGCGCAGAACUGUCUGGCAAAACGUCGGAAGACAUAGUUUCUACGGACCGUGGGAUAUCUCGGUAAAACGAAACGGGGAAUAUAUCGAUUACAACGAUUAUGGUGUUCACCUCGAACAGUUCCGGCCUAAUUCACCGGAGCUGCCAUACGACGACGUGUCGAUAGCUAACGGAUAUAUUGACGCGUUGCCCUCGGAUUAUAGCGGUCUGUCGCAACUGAACACGCUACUCAGCUCUGUGGGCCUUGCUGAUUUCCGCACUGGAGUUCGCCCUGCUGAUUGGAUCGACCGAAGUACCGAUAGCUUGAAAGAACAGCAUUGGGAGGAUAUUGCUUCUCACGAAAUCGAUGAAGAUACGGAAGACUUCGACGAUUUUGUGACUCCAAUUGCAACGAGAUAACAAAAUUUUGUAAAGUUAAAUGAAAAAAACAAAAUAUACAUAAUAAACUUUGCAUAUGCGAUGUUAUCCAAGUUUGUGACAUUAAAUUCAUGAAGAGUUAA